UUUCGGCCGAGAACAUGGAGUAGCAAACAUGGCGGAAGACAAUUACAAAGUUAGGCUAGUGGAACGGCUCAAAAUCAAAAUCGGAGAAGCGAAAAAUCUGCAAGCACGUUCGCACGGGUCUUCGACUCAGAGAGAUGUGUAUUGUACGUUAUCGUUGGACCAAGAAGAAAUAUUUAGAACUUCUGUGGUUUACCAAACUUUGAGCCCAUUUUUCGGCGAGGAAUUCCAGUUUGACGUCCCAAGACAUUUCCGUUUCAUCUCUAUCUAUGUUUAUGAUAAAGACCGUCAAAAUAACAAGCAAGAUAAGAUCUUGGGCAAAGUUGCUAUUAGGAGGGAGCAUUUGGCCUCAUACAACACCAAAGACCACUGGUUUCCCAUAAAAGCGGUUGACGCAGAUUCGGAGGUGCAGGGUAAAGCGAAUAUCGAGAUAAAAUUUGAACCUGUGUACAAUAAUCGAAGCAGAUCGAAUUAUGGUGCUAAUAAGAAGUUAUCAGUGCGGAUUGUCGAGUGCAGAGAUUUAACUCUCAAAAAUGGUGCGUGCGAUCCCUACGCCUUAGUGUCUGUAACAUACACAAACGGUAAAAGGGUGUCAAAAAGGACGAAAACUCGCAAAAAAACAACAAAUCCACAAUUUGAAGAAGUGUUUUCAUUUAAUAGUUCUGAGGACAGUGACAGUGAGACUGAAAUCUGUGAGCUGCUAGUGUCAUUGUGGCAUGACACCCCUGGCAUGAGCGAUGAUGUUUUUCUGGGGGAAGUCAGGGUUCAACUCAGGGGGCUGCAGCAACAAAAUGCGGCUCAUCCUCAAGCCUGGUACUUCCUUCAACCCCGCUCUGGUAAAAACCGUCCCUUUUUGACCCACUCGACUCCGCCCGGUACCAGACUGUCUAACGAUAACAGCCUUGGCUCGUUGAGGCUGCAAGUUCAGUACACGGAAGACAGGGUAUUUCCAGCGUCGGUUUACGACAAUCUAAGGAAUUUGCUACUCCAAAGUAUACACACACAGCCUAUAACCGCCACGUCCGUCUACAUCCUGGGUGAGAUAAUUAACAAGGUGGAGAUAGCGCAGCCGUUGGUGAGGAUAUUCUUGCACUGUGAUAAGGUGGUGCCCAUUAUUAGGUCACUAGCUACCGUAGAAAUAUCCAAUGUCACCGACCCGACGACCAUAUUCCGAGGCAACACUCUCGUCUCGAAAAUGAUGGACGAAGCGAUGCGUUUGAUCGGCCUCCAGUACCUCCACAAAACUCUUCGCCCGACACUAGAGGAGAUCUUCAAUGAGAAGAAGCCGUGCGAGAUCGACCCCACGCGAGUCAAAGACCCCAACACGAUUCAGACGAACUUCAGCAACCUCAAAUACUAUAUCCAGAAGAUCUUCGACGACAUCACCCAGAGUGCGGUUCAUUGUCCGGCGCUCAUGUGCCAAAUUUUCCACAAUUUGAAAGAGUGCGCGAUGAUGUACUUCCCGAACAACAAGGAGGUGCGGUAUUCCGUUAUAUCGGGAUUUAUUUUUCUGCGAUUUUUCGCUCCCGCCAUUUUGGGCCCCCGACUGUUUGAUCUGACGACGCAAGCGAUCGACUGCCAGACCAACAGAACGCUGACGCUGAUUUCGAAAACCAUACAGUCGCUGGGCAAUUUGGUGAGUUGUCGAUCAACGCAGCAAGUUUGCAAGGAGGAGUACAUGGAUUGCCUUUACAAGGCAUUCGGCACUGAAACACACAAAACUGCCAUGCGGAAAUUUCUCGAAAUAAUUUCCGCCAACACAUCUAGUCCGCAGAUAAUCGAAAACGACAAACCGGUCACACUCAAAGAAGGGUUAAUGAUAAAAAGAGCCCAAGGUAGGAAGCGCUUCGGCAGGAAAAAUUUUAAACAACGCUACUUCAAACUGACAACGCAUAACCUCAGCUAUUCGAAGUGCAGAGGGAAGGAAGCGCUGUGUGUGAUACCGCUCUCGAAUAUCCUGGCUGUCGAAAGAUUGGCCGAGACAUCAUUUAAAAUGAAAAAUAUGUUCCAAAUCGUGCAGCCCGAGAGGGCGCUGUAUGUUCAGGCGGCUAACUGUGUGGAGGAAAAGGAGUGGGUGGAUCUGCUAACUAAAAUUUGUCAAACUAACGCCAAUCGAUUAAAAAAGUAUCAUCCAUCAGCAUUUAUCAAUGGCGAGUGGAUGUGCUGCAAGUCACCAAAUGAGUUGGCACCGGGCUGCAGCGAGGUCUCCCAAGUCGACAGUAACAAUUAUCACAUGACUCUCGAUCCCGAACGGGACCUCCAGCGGAUCCAUUCACUCGUAAUCAGUCACAUACAGCCCCUGGAAGCAUCUAUCAAGUUGCUGGAGGAACGAGGGCUUGCUAUCUGCGAUAUCUUGAAGCAGCUGCGCGAGGUCGCUUUUCAGAUUGAGCAACGACAUCGGAUAUACAAAAGGGCUCUAGACAGAAAUACUAAAUAUGGCAGCUUGGCCGCGCCGAUCGGCGAUGAUAACUACUUGUUGGCCUCUCGAAUGAACCUAGACCCUAACCUAAUGCUUAGGUGUAUAUCGAGCGAAGCGACCGUCCCUUAGCCGAGCACUUAUCCAGGAUGUACACCCCCGGAGAUUCUCAGAAUGUAAGACUGUCACUUAUUAUGUAAGCAAUUAAGGAACACCAGUGUAACAAUUCUAAAUAUAUAUCUACCGCAUAAGGGAGUGUGUGUGAGCCAAAUACAGGACUCCUCACAUGGCUAGUUUGACACUAACCGAUUUUUUAAAAAUCGAGUAAGCAACCGAUUUUGGUGUCGCCUAUUUGGGCGACUGUGGCUUCGCGUUCUAUUGUCAAACAGGUGUCUCUGAAUAUAAAAUUUUUGAAAUUGCAAGUCCUGUACAUGGUCGUUUUUGGUUAUUGAUUUGGUCGAUCAGUACAGUAGAUCACCAAGAUAUGCUACAUAUGUUAGUAGAGGUAGCUGGACGUGUUACUGUUAAUUUCUGUUUAAAACGUGGAAUUAUUGUGUCGACCGAUAAUUAAUGACGCUAAUUUUAUGGGACUCUUUAAUAUCAACCUCAUACUUGCUUAAUAAAAGUUAAUGUAGUGUAGUUUUGGCACCAAGUUAAUUAAAAAAGAAAAAACAAUCGUUCCAGUUACUUCCAUUAGCUCUCCCAAAAAGGAAGAAUUAUUAGCGAUCGACCCUGUAUAUAGACGCAUACAUAAUAAUUUAUAUGUAUGGAUAAAGAUUAGAAGAAUCAUAUUUUUUUAUUAGUUUUAAAUGUCCAUAGACAAUCAGAUUGUUUCGUUUUUAUAUAUAUAUACGUAUAUAUAUUAUCCUAAGUACAAAGACGCUAGCCCUAAUUAGAAUCGUAAAGAAUUUUUGCGUUGUUUGGUGGUUUAAUAUGAGUUUCUACAAUGGUUGUUUAUAUGUUGAGCGACUAUCGCAAUCUCCGAAAUGGUAAGUAUUAUGUUAUAAUAAUAUCUUUUAUUGCAAACUGAGUCCUACAAAUUUAACAAAGCAACAUCACAAAAAUCACGUCGAGACAAAUACAUACAUAAAACAUUAGAAAUAGGUUAAUAUUUGUUGCAAAUCUGUAGACAACUAGCUUUCCUCAGUCAUAUUUUUUUAUGCCUUUUGAAGAUUGUUGUGCAUUGAUAUCAAAUUUCACUUGGUUUUUAAGUUAAAAAUUAAAUUUAUAUUGUUAAUUAAAUCAAGAUCCUAAUUUUCCAGACACAACGGAAAUUUGAAGGUUUUGUGUUUAUCCCAGCAGUUUAAUUUACCAUCAGUCACAUUGUUAAGACUUUUUAGUGCUUAGAAAAUGUCCUUUUUAUGGAGAUGACUUUUUUCAUUUGACUUUACUCAAGAUAAAAGGAAACCAAAACUUGAAUAUAUUUUGUGUAUAACUGAAGUUGCAAAUUAAUAAGCCUAUAAAUAGGGCAAUAAAAAACGAAAUUUAGAUCUCAUUUUACAGACCUGGUCGCAUUCUUUCGGAGAGAGCAAUAGUCGUACGGGCAAGUUAAGAAGAAACUAAAUUAAACGCGGUAUCGUUACAAGAAAAAGUUUCAUGAGCAAUAAUGCAGAUAGAGUGAUUAGAAAUUAAAUUUUUGAAUAGUUAAAAGUGUCUUCCUGUAUAUAGUUUCCUUUUUUUUAUAAUUUUUUUGUAUGGUCAUUAGAAUGUUGAAUAUUUUUUUAUUGAUUUGUAAAAUAGUGUAUAUUUUUUUUCUUGGACGCAGGGUAUUCUGCUGCUCUUGUGGACUAAAAUGAGUAAACUGACUAUGAAAUACUGCAACAAUUUUUAAUCCCUGCAUAUGGAAUUGUCUCUGUUCUUGUUCUCCACAAGAAUUCGACAUUUCAGAAAAACCAUAAACAGAGUGUGUGUCUUAAAAAAAAAACAAUAAGAAUAAAUAGAAUCAGAAAAUAAAUCACUUGUUUUUUUGGAAAAAAUGCAAGUAAUUUUUUCAUCAGAUUUUAUAACUAUUUGAGUUAAUUUUUUAGAAUGGUUCAGGUUUAGUUUUGUUUAUUGUAUCCUCCUAGACUCUGUCAAAUCAACAUACAUAUUUUUCUUAUCACUAUAUGAAAAGUUGUUGUUAAGAAAAAGACAUUUAGAUUGACAUGUGGUGUGCAGAAGACACUAAAAGUAGUGAGUUGAUAAAAAUCAAUUUAUAAACUAAUAUCUCAAAAUCAAAAAUAUUGUAACAGUUUCAUCGUUUUUGUUAACAGAGUGAGUUGAAUACUGGAGUUGGUGUUGAAGACGAUUUGUUUAACAUGAAGAUACACUAUUAGAAUCAAUAUAGGUUAGACAUAACUCCGUUGCUUUUUAUUUAUCUAACUUCUAUUUAUUCUAAUAUUCCAAUCUGUUGUUUUUCCCAAAUACUUUUUUGUUUUGUAAAUAGUAUUUUAUGUCUAUUGUACUGAUCUUCUCAGUGGGUUUUCUUCUUGUUCCGCGCAUUUAAUGCAUUUCUAAUAUUGAUUGUUCUUUAUUAACUUAUUAACAAUUUAAAUUAUUCAAUGUUAAUGUUUUGUUUUUUUUUUAUUAUAAUUAUUAAGAUAUAGUCCCUUGUGAAUAUUUCUAUUGUACAAAACGUCCAAUAAAACUUCAAU